CAGUGGCAAGCACAGAUGAUAGCCAGAGCUAAACACUACUCAGUACUCGCAGUGAGAGACAGAUUCAGAGGUCCUGUCUGCCUCCUCUUCCAACCCAAGAAAGUUCCAUGAGCUCCCCCCUCCCUUGAUCUGCCACUGGACCUUACAGGGGAAAAAAACCCACAUUCUUGGGACUCUGAGAAGUGGGGGAAGAGAGAUCUGAAUUGGGAUUGUUCCAAGCUCAGCAGAGAAUGAAAGCAGCGCUGUAACCCUUGCACAGAGGACAGAUACAAAGUAGCAAAGUAUUCUCUGCAAAGGGGAGAGACACAAAGUCGCAACGAGGUCCCUGCAGCUGUGCCAGCGGGAGAAAUACAAAGUAGCCAGGAAUUCACCGGUGCAAAGAGCAGAAGAAGAGCAAGUUUGGUGCAGGUUUGGUGCAGGGGUCCUUGGGUGUGCAUUGCCGGCACACUCGGGGCGCAGGACUGGAGUGAAGGAAGGGCAGCCCAGUAUGGCUGGAGAGUUGUCCAUUGCUACAGAACUGCCCACCAGCCCGCUAGCCAUGGAGUAUGUGAACGACUUCGACCUGAUGAAGUUUGACGUGAAGAAAGAGCCGCUGGGAGGGAGACCAGAUCGGGCGAUCAGGCAGUGCAACCGCUUGCAGCCCACCGGCUCCGUGUCCUCCACCCCCAUCAGCACCCCGUGCAGCUCCGUGCCCUCCUCUCCCAGCUUCAGCCCCACCGAGCAGAAGACUCACCUGGAUGACCUGUACUGGAUGGCCAACAGCUACCAGCAGGUCAACCCUGAAGCUCUCAACCUCACCCCGGAGGACGCAGUAGAAGCCCUCAUAGGGCCGCACCAAAUGCCCCCACAGCUGCAAGGCUACGAGAGCUUCAGAGGUCACCAUCAUCAUCAUCACCAUCACCAGAACCACCAUCAGUAUCAGGGUGUCCCCCACGAUGAGAUGGGGCUCCCCCAUCAGCACCCGCACCACCAUCACCACCUCCAGGCAUCUCCUAGCCCAUCCGGCUCCUCCAGCUCGUCCCAACAGCUCCAGAACAGCCACCAGCAGCACCACAACUCCAGCGCUGUGGAAGACAGGUUCUCCGACGACCAACUCGUCUCCAUGUCUGUCCGGGAGCUCAACAGACACCUGAGGGGCUUCACCAAGGACGAUGUGAUCCGCCUGAAACAGAAGCGACGGACCCUAAAGAACAGAGGCUACGCCCAGUCGUGCAGGUACAAGCGAGUGCAGCAGAAACAUCACUUGGAGAACGAGAAGACCCAUCUCAUUCAGCAGGUGGAGCAGCUGAAGCAAGAGGUGAACCGGUUGGCCAGAGAGAGGGAUGCCUACAAGAUCAAGUGCGAGAAACUGGCCAGUGCCACCUUCAGAGAGGCCGGUUCCACCAGUGACAACCCCUCAUCCCCAGAGUUCUUCAUGUGAGUGUGUCCCUCAGCCAAACCCCAACUCUGCUCCAUCUGCAUAGCUCCAAAGGGAAAGCUUCAUUUUCAUCCACUCCUGUGAGCACCCACUCUUUUUGUAGACUAGUUAUUUGGGGGUUGGGGAGGGGGUGAAACCAUUGGUUCACUCAAGGAGUAUUCAAGAGUAAUGCUUCUCCCUCUCUGGUGGUGUGAGGGGGUGGAUAUCAGCUUGUUUUGGGGUAAAGGGAGGGUGAAGUGACUGCUAACCCCAACAAGGACAGUGCUGGACAGUUAACACUGCCACUUUGGAGACAAACAGAAUGAACAAUAUAUGCAGAUUUCAUUUUUUUUUUUAUAUAUGUUGCAGUAACAUUAGCCUAAAUCCUCUCACACACAUGAAUACAGGUGGGGCAUUAGGGCACCCUCCCCCUUUUUUGGUUUUAUUGCCUGCUUGAUUAUCUAGAAAAUAUUACAAAAAAAUAAAAAACUGCAUUAAACUAUUACUCCUGCAUGCUGGACAUGUAUGGUAAUACUUUCUAUUUUAUAUCAUGAUAUUGUUUUAACCCUGAGCAUGCUGCCUCUUCUCCUCUUCUUCCUGUGCCACAUCUUCCAUUCUUGUAUCUUAAAUCCCAGGCUGCUUCCAACUUCAGUUCCAAUGUAAAUAGUUCGGCCCCUCCCCCCCCCAUCAUUUCAUAUAGUUUGAAUAAAUGCGCCUUUCAUACAUUUUAAGGAAAACUAUGGGCAUUUUUAUUGAAAUUGAAAAAGAAAACAAAAUCAGCAUUUUUUUUAAAAACCCUUAUAUUUAGUUGCCAUUAGCCCUUUGCCAAUAACUGUUUUGCUUGCUCUUGAUGAUAGAAAAAAAAAAAAACAACCUCCCCAGAUAUUUGCAGUUUGCUUUCUCUCUCUCAGGAACCAAGAAUGGCUUUAACCCCUCGUGUGCCAGAGGCAUCUCUAAAUCUCAUUGCAAGACUUUUUUUUAGAGAUGUCCCUGUCCUCAGCAGGGAGUAGAAACUCUUGGCACCACCAGGCCAGCAUGCAUUUUUGAUUUUUUUUGGGGGGGGGGGGGCAGCAAAUAAAGGGUUAAUAUUUUACAAGUGUAGAAAUGGAAUUAUUUCCCCUUACCAUAAACACUGGCGUCUGACUUAAAUUUUUGCUGACACCUGAACAGUCCAAAGCUGCAGGCACCUAGUCUCAGCGGACGAGGGCAGGAGGUGCUGUGACAGCUUAAAUGGUGACUUAUAUAGAUACUAAAUGCUUUCUAUCAACCCUGCUAGCAGCAUUCCGCGUCACGCUGUUUAUUCGCAGCUACACCGUGCAUUUUAUCCCUUUUACUUUGCCUUUCCUACCCCCUCCCUCCGCUCAGAUUAUUUAUACUGUCUAUGUAGCAGAUUUUGUAUGGAGCCGGGUGCUGUUUAGUUUAAUUUUUCUGCAGGUCAGUUAAAGAGCGAAACGCGUUGGCAUACAGCAUACCAAAAUAAAAACUUUUUUUUUUUUGUUGUUAAAUGCAUUUAUUUCUCCUUUUUUUUUUUGGCACUGCUGGUGCAGAUGCGUUUUAUGUUUUUAUUUUAGUAUAUAAGUUAAUGGUAUUAAAAAAAAAAUAGUUCUGGCAGCAUGGCGCUUGCAGUCUUUCAAAAAAUUUUGUGGAAUUUUUCUGUCAUGCCUCAAUGAUCUGUGUUUAUUUUUUUUUAUUUUGUAUUUUCCUGAUUCAACUGUGUUGAAAUCAUGUCUGCAAGCAGCAGGGAGUUGUUUUUAUUCCAUGUCAUGUUCAGAAGGGAGAAAUUUCAAAUCCUGCUUCUCAAACAAACAACAACAACAAAAAACCUGGUCUAUUGUAGUUUUAUUCAGACUGGAUUCUGUUUUUAUGUUAACAAAAUUUGUUUCCUAUUUUGCUUAUUAAAAUGAUUGAAAUGGA